ACCCCAACGCCUGGGGGUUUGUUAUAAUCUGCACUCUGUGCAGCCAGCUGUUGGAUUAGUGCCACGGGCUCUAUCUCGUCGGAGGAAGGCGUGUCACUCCCACAUUUCCCCGGAUCCCCCUUUGUCCUCGGUGCCCAGCCAGCGACACUCAUGGCGGCUGCACCCGUCAGACAGCGCUCCGGGACGGGAGGUUCCCGGCCGCAGAUCCCGCCCUGUUAUUAUGAAGGAUACCUGGAGAAAAGGGGCCCGAAAGAAAAGGCUUCCCGGCGUUUGUGGACCAGUCUUCGUGGGAAUUCUUUGUAUUUCUUCAACAAUACCAAGGACUCCCAGUACGUGGAGAAGCUGGACCUCAAUGGAUUUGUCUCCCUGAAGGACGACUGUAGUCGAGACAGAAACCUGGAGGCAGCCAGGCUCAUCCUGCGCAUGAAGGACGGGGAAAUUAAACUCACAGCACCGAACCUAGAAUCCAGAGAGCUGUGGAAAGGUUUCCUCUACUCUGUCAUCGAUCUCAACGUGCCCUCCUGUCUCACGCUGUUGCCGGGCCAACUGCAGAUGCUGAAGGAGGUGGUGGACAAAGAAAGGUCCAGACGGAGAAUCCGUACUCCGACGCGAGCUCCUCCUUCGCCACUGUCUGUGCCUUUAGUAGGGGAGAUCCCAGCCUGCUUUCGUCCAGUGUCUAGAACAGAAGCUGAAACUCUGCUGGAGAGACACCCAGACUGUGGCAACAUGUUGCUUCGUCCUGGAAGAGACGGGUGUUCACUGGCUGUCACCACACGACAAGACCUGAAUGGGUCUGUGUUUCGACAUUAUCGUGUGACACAGAGGGACCAAGGUGGUUAUGUCAUCGACGUAGAGAACCCUAUUCCCUGUGCGACCCUCCAUGAUGUCAUCGAUGCCUUGGUGGAGAAGACGGCAGGAACUCUCCAACCCUUCCUUCUGGAGGAGCCGUACGAAGAGAACAUAACAUAUGUAUCUGCUAAUGAUGAAAAUGGAGAAAGGAUCCUCCACACUGCCCCCACCAGUCCACUUCCUAAAGCUCCAGCCCUGCCACCAAAACAAGAGCGUUGGUCCAGUCCUCUGACCAGGUCACCUGCCCCAGACCGACGUAUUCUGACCUCCUCAGUGCCGGCCUCGCCCACCAACCCGAUGAGACGACUCAUUCUCUCUCCUUCUCCUCUUGCACACACUCUCAAUGAAGAACUGAAAAUGAAGCUAGAGAAGAGACGAGCCAGUCAGGAGUGAAUUUGUUUGAUAGGAACAUCCUGUUUUGCAGCUUACCCGAUCUUCAGUGCCAAACACCGCCUCAUUGCAGCAGCGACCCAUCCUGUGCCUUUUAGGUGGACAGACAACCAAACCCAACACUUCCUGUUUAAUGUGUGCAAAUGAUUGUUUACAAACUGUGUAAAAAUGUUGCCUCCUGACACAUGAUUUUCCUUCAGGACAGAACGCACAAGAAGUGACAGCUGGCAGCUUAAACCUAAAAUGAAAAAAAAA